UUCCGGCUCGGCCAUUGUUUUCGCUUCCGCGGGCUACGACUGUGUCCCGCACGCAGGGGUCGCCGCGACUGUACCCGGGUGAGCGGAUCAGGGGCGGGGAGGGAGGUGCUGUCCGGGCCGGGGUCGCUGGGUUGGAGCCGCGGCCGCCCGCAGCCCUGAUCGGCGACGCCGGCCCGGUACACGCUUUGCCUCCGCGGCCAUUGGCGCGGUCCCUGUGAGCUCUGAAGCUGCCAGUUGUAGAGCCGCCUCUUUGUCCGGUACCCUUGACCAACUGUGCCUGGCCGAGAGCCCGGCACCUACCGGUACAGCGCAGAAAAAGGCAGACAUGGCCAGAAAUUGAAGCCUAGAGAGAAGUAGCUUACCGAGGGUACUGAGAUGCAUGGUGCCUAGCAUUGAUGCCCUAGUUACCACUAAGGUGACACCCCCAUUGCCCUCUGUCCCCAACUCUGAAAACAGCUCCUGAGACCUGAAUUACAAAACAUCAUUUUAAUUGGACAAACUGCAGCUGAAACAAGCUUCUCUUGGAGGUCACAAUGGCCACCCAAGGCAGGGGAACUUUAGGCCUCCUCCCUAGGGGUGCUGUUCUCCAGAAACAGGAGGGGCGCCAGACCAUGAAGCAGGAGCCAGGGAGCCAGACCUGGGGUCAGGGCUGCAGUCUCCAAAAGAACCACCCUCCUGUCUGUGAAAUUUUCCGGCUGCACUUCAGGCAGUUAUGUUACCAUGAGAUGUCUGGGCCGCAGGAGGCACUGAGCCGGCUCCGGGAGCUCUGCCACUGGUGGCUGAUGCCAGAGGUACACACCAAGGAGCAGAUCCUGGAGCUGCUGGUGCUGGAGCAGUUCCUGAGCAUCCUGCCUGGGGAGUUACGGACCUGGGUGCAGCUGCAUCACCCUGAGAGUGGCGAGGAGGCUGUGGCCGUGGUGGAGGAUUUUCAGAGACACCUAGGAGAGGUUUCAGGUACUGUACAGGAACAGGAAAUGUGUUUGGAGGAGACGACAACCCUGGGUACAACAGAAGAAUCUCUUCCUACCUCACCCUUCAGUGAGGGUUCAGCCUCUGGAGGCCGCCUGGAGCCUCCUCAUGACCUCCUCCCCAGUGGGCACUCUGGUCAGUGUACUUCUCAGAUGCCUGCCCUUUCCCAAGCUGGGAAGUCAGGAGACCAGGCAGUGGCAACUGUGCUUCGGAUGGUCAGGCCCCAGGGAUCUGCAGCGUACCAGUUCCUGUCUGUGGACUAUACUGAGAGGAAGUGGAAAGGUCCAGCCCUCAGUCAGAGAGCCGUGUACCGGAGCAUCGUGCCGGAAAAUUAUUGCAGCAUGGCCUCAUUGGCAGGUGAGACUAGGAUGCGGCGUUCAGAGUUGCCUGCAAAGCAGGAAGUUUCUAAAGGAUCGGCGUCAUCUGAUGGGACAUCAGGAGGCCUCUGUGGAGUAGUUUCUGGGGAACCAGAGACAGGAGCUGCCUGUGAAGGUACUUUAGAGAAGCUGGAAGGGCAGUCUUCAGAUGAAGAAGGGAGUGGACUGGAAAGUGAUUUCUUCAAAAUAACGCACGAGGAUAAGGAUAAAUCCACAAAAGAUGGAUGUGAUGAAUAUAGUGAACUUGGGAAACAUCCAGAUCUGUCCUCUAGUGCUGCAGAACAUCAAGGAGUUCUGAAGGGACAGAAAUUUUAUCAAUGUGAUGAAUGUGGUAAAGCUUUCAAUUGGAGUUCACACCUCAUUGGGCAUCAGAGAAUCCACACUGGAGAGAAACCCUAUGAGUGUAAUGAAUGUGGUAAGACCUUCAGGCAGACCUCUCAGCUCAUAGUUCAUUUCAGAACCCACACAGGGGAAAAGCCCUAUGAGUGCAAUGAGUGUGGAAAGACUUACCGACACAGCUCCCAUCUUAUUCAACACCAGAGACUCCAUAAUGAUGUGGUUGUGGAGAACCUGGAGGAUGAUUCCAGCCAGAGGGGGAAAGACUCUCCAGACCCGAACAGCACUCAGCUGUAAAGUAGGACACUCUGGCUGUAUUCAGGCCUAGGUGCUCCAGAGGUCCUCAUCGAAAGUGAGCCAGACAGGCCCUUGCUGUCCAGCUGCAGCUUUGAUGGUUUCCCAGAGGAAGAUCCAGCACAAAAGGAUGCACAUGUAACCAUCAGACAGAAACACACUUGGAGGAACUGCUCAGGUGCACUUGACAGUUGCAGGCCUCAGAAACAAGCUUCACAUACUUCUAACCAGGAGACAGGACCGGGGACCCCUGCUUACAGGACAAGGGACCCUCUGAGACUGCCAGCACCUCUGAGGUGGGUUUAGAAUCACUGCUGAAGACCAGCCUCUGAGGAGGAAGCAGCAUUCCAGGACACGCCCAGUGCACUUCUGGGUGACUCUGAGGCCAUCUUCAACGACAGCACUACACGGACUUCCAGGUCUUUCCCCCUGCCUGCAGCAAGGUCUGCUGUUCCUCCAGCUGUCCCUCCAGCCCCCAGCAGGAAUACACAGCAGGAGAGAUGCAGGAAGAUGAAGGACUGCCAGGGCCCAGUGACCACCCUGGAUUCCAACUGAGGGGCAGCUCUGUGCAUCCUCUAUCUCAGAGGGCACACAGCUUGUGUCAGAGCCCCUUUCAGUCACCUCUCUACAAUCACCGUCCCCACCUCCCUGGCUGACUUCUGCUUACUCUCAAGAAUCAGGCAGGGCUGACCUGCUGGGUCCCCAAACCACUACCCCUGCCCCCUCCAUCUCACCAGGCAGGGAGUCUGCAUGAGAAGCCCAUCUCCUGACUGGCCAGCUCCAGAAGCAGCUGAGUCCCUGUCCCCAUUUAUGGUGACGCUCUUCCCAGAUUCCCCUCUCAUGGGGAGAGGGAGGAGACCCUCUGUAACCCAAGGCCUCAGUGACAGCUGAAGCAGAUGCCAGUUGUGCCUUCCCUGCUGCUCCCAGCAUCUCUGAAAUGGAGCCCCCACCAGAUUCUCCUGUUUUCACCUGGAAGAGUCCCCUCCCACUCCAGUCCCAGUGACCAUCCUCAGGCCAGCCUGCCCAUCAAUGUUGCUGCCACUUCUAGCCUGUUACCAGCACAGCUGAAGGACUGGCUCCCCAGCCAGCCUCUGACCCUGAGGUCAACCUCAUAGACAUGACUCUGUCUUGAGGCACUAAAGCCCCUAAUAUCACAUUCCCAGGGGCCCACCCUCUCAGAGCCCCUUGACUUACAGUUGAAGGCCUAGCAUUGCUGCCUGCCCGGCUGCCUGUAGAGGGAUCUUUUCCCAGGCCUCUACUCCUAGGAGCCCUAUCUCUGUGGUGAUCCCAGCAGGAGCACCCUUGCCAUGAGGAUGCUGCAUCCAUCCCCUACCCAGGGCUUGUUAGACCACAAACUGCUGAGCCAUGGACCAUGAUGUUUUCCUCCAGGUCUGGAUUGUCUUCCUUGGGGUCCCAGAGGCAAAUGCUUGUUUUCAGGGAAUAGCUUCCUUGAGAAUUACCCAAUGUCCAUCUUCCUCCCAAGCUGGACCAUGUAUGAGCCUCGUUUAGAUGAGAAAUGCAUGGUUAGGCCGGACUCUGUGAACCUGGAGCCAACUGAGUGCCCACAGAUACAGCAUUCCCUCCACACCCCCUGCCCUGCAACUUUGCCCAAAGGUGGGUGUUUUAAGGCUGUUGUUCCAUCCCUGUGGUCUCAGUCUUCACAGGGCAUUUGAUGGAAGUGCUCAUCUCCCAUUUCCCUCCAGGCCUGGAUGUGGCAGGUCUCCUUCUGCCUAAGCUACUCCUCCCCUCUCCCUGUUUCCAUCCCAGAACCCUCAUGUCUUCUCCAAAACUUAUUAUAAAUCCUUGUUUUUUUUCCUCUAUAUAAUUAUCAUGUGCCUGUGCUCUAUAAAUCAAGGGUUCAAAAGCACUGAUUUGGAUCAGGGGUGGCAUGGGAACCAGACCUGUUUCAAUUUUCCUGUGGCUCAGCUAACAGGGUAUAGAGAGUAGCGCACCUUGGUGGCUAGAAGGACUGAUCUCAGCAUAUGAAAUUGUGUUUGGGGUUUAAGGAUACAGCCCAGGGUAUCAGGGGUCCCAGGGGACAGAAGCACCAGGAGACUUAAGCCUGACUGCUGGAACCGCAGCUGCUCAAACACCUCUCAGACCUGGAGCAGGCUGGACAUCCCUAAUGUUCACACCAUAAGGGAGUGGGGGAAAGAAAAAAAAGAGAGAGGGAAACAAACCAUAAGAUACUCUUAACAGUAGAGAAC